CGCAUACAACAAGUUGGGCUAAUUAUUCUUUGCUCGUUGAAAAAUUCAAAUUUUUAAAAAAUAUAUUUAGUCGAGUGUUCGAACUUUUUCGUUUUACGUUUGAGUAGUGGGGGCAUGGGUGCAUUUUCAAGCUGAAAAUGUUGUCAAGAAAACAGAAAAUCGCGCUGCUGGGACUUUUAUUUUACGUAUUGGCCAAUCAAGUCGUCCAAACCGAUCAAGUCCAAAUGUUUCCAAAAAUACAAAAGGAAGAUCAGGUGAUUGAAGCCGGCUCAACCCUAACACUUGCAUGCGUCGAAAAGUUAAAUCGAUCAGAUGAUCAAAUAAAAUGGACAGUUCCCAGACACGUCACAUUCAAGGAGCAAUGGAUAAAACGCUUUAACGAAACAACUUUCACGAAUGAAACGCACCUGAUCUCGACGAUGACUUUAAAAAACGCCACAGUCUAUGACACGGGUUUCUACAAAUGUGAAGGGAAAUGGAUAGAAAAUCGAUACGUUUACGUUUCCAGUCACGAAAAGCUGGUUUUUAGGGAGGGCGAUAACGAUCACUUUUUGGGCGGGAAACCAGGAGAACCCAUUAUUUUCCCUUGUAAAGUGACUCAUCCCAACGUCAGCCUCUCACUUUUUCGGCAAACGAGAGAAACAACAGUCCAAUUUCAAAAUGAAUACUUCAAGGUUUGGGAUUCCUCGUCGUCGUUUGAAAAUACGAGAUGGUCCUUCGAUCCUAAAAAAGGACUGACAUUGAAGGACCCCACAAUUUUCGACUCGACCUAUUAUUAUUGUGUUGGACAUUUGCCUCUUGUCAACGGAAAACGCGUCAGCAUCAAACAUUUUAGUCGAAAAUCUGGCGAAUUUCGGAGAUGGUUCUUCUCGACGAAUCAAACAGACGCCACCGAUGUUUUACGCGCUGCAUUAGUUGUAGAAGGAAUGGAACUGGAACGAAUAGGAGCACCUGACGACCCAGUGGAAGGAUCUAACGUUACAUUGAUUUGUACUACUUCUAACAAAGUUGGACAGGAAAAAAACAGGCCGAAAUGGUUCUAUCACGACAAUAACAAUUUUUAUCGUCCAGUCAUAUUACUCCCCAAGAAAAAGAGGAUGGAAAAAUUUAAUGCUAGGUUCCCAGCAAACGGUGAAAAGAAUUCACAGCCAACUAAUAAUCAAGAUUUUCAAUUAAGCGAGGAAGCCAAAUUUGUGUUUUUCUACAAGAGUGAACUCUACCUGCCAUACUUGACUCUACAUAACUCCCACACAAAAUUCAAAUGUGAAAUAACCAACAAAAGAUUCUUCAAAAUGAAAGAGAUAUCUUUCACCAUUAAAGAAAUAUACAACGACCCAAUGCCCAGUACUGUUGCGCUAGAAAAACACAUCGCUUCAAAUCUGACCUGCAAUCGGCUAUCGAAACACGUUUCUAUUCAUUGGCUCAAGGACGGCGAACGAUACUUUGACUCGGUUUACGAAAACGAAACCUCGUCAACUUUGACCCUGCAGGGAAACGAAAACGAAAGAGGAACCUACGAAUGCCGAUGGAAUAACAGCAGAGGAGAGGCCAGACAGCGAAACUUCUUUGUCAGUUUCAAAUUGGUCGAAGAACAAAGUACCGUCAUCAUUUUUACAACAUUAAUCGGAUUAUUUGCAGUCGGGAUGGGGAUCGGCAUCAAAUUUUACCUCGACAAAAAAACCCUUGAAAGAAUUUUGGGUGGAGAUCCAGGCAGAAUCGACCCGAAUGUGCCGAUUGAAUAUCAAACGGAAUUCCUGCCCUACGAUAAGAAAUGGGAGUUUCCCAGGAAAAGGCUUAGACUCGGUCAAGAACUCGGAACUGGAUGUUUCGGCCGAGUUGUCAAAGCCGAAGCCGUGGGCAUCAAAAACUCGGAUGAAACUGUGACAACAGUGGCCGUUAAAAUGAUCAAACAAACGGCCAAGACCAAAGACGCACUGGACGCUCUCAUAAGGGAAUUAAAAAUUCGUAUUUAUUUAGGGGCUCAUUUUAAUGUAGUCAAUUUGAUGGGAGCCUGCACCCAAACAAUGGUCAAAGAAGAAGUUUUGGUCAUAAUAGAGUAUUGCAGAUUUGGCAAUUUAAAAUCGCAUCUGAUAAAAUACCGAGACCGAUUCGUCAAUCAGUUGGACGCAUUGGGCAACAUGUUACCCGAGAAAAUAACGGCGGAAAUGAACUUACUACCCUCAAAUCAACCAGUCGGAAAUGAUUCUACAGACCAUCACCCUAUCUCUGAUGUGAAUGAAGUCUUAAAGUUCCAACAGCCAGGACAUAAAGUUAAUAAUGUUCUCGAACCGGCCCUGCCCUUCAAGUACGAAAAAGAAGAUUCGGGCACGGAUUUAAAUCAAAUAAUUAAAACAAGCGACUUAAUCUCCUGGUCAUUGCAAAUUGCUAGAGGGAUGGAAUUCCUAGCAAGCAAAAAGGUUCUGCACGGCGAUUUGGCCGCCCGCAAUGUUCUUUUGGCCGAUCACGGAGUUGUCAAAGUGACCGAUUUCGGAAUGGCAAGGCAAAUGAAGGAUUACGAAUACGAGAAAAAGGGAGAGGUAUUAUUGCCAGUCAAAUGGAUGGCCAUCGAAUCCCUGACUGAUAAAAUCUUUUCAAACCAAUCGGAUGUCUGGUCUUACGGGAUUGUUCUGUGGGAGAUUUUUUCCCUCGGUCAAGACCCCUAUCCAGGAAUGGGUAAUGGCUGGGCACUUAAGAGAGAAAUUCUAAAUGGUUAUCGAAUGACACCACCAGAAUAUUCACCCAAUUUUUUCGGGAAAAUAAUGGAAAACUGUUGGAAUUCGGAACGGAAAGAGAGGCCAACCUUCUCCAAAUUGGCCGAGAUGAUGGAAAAUUACAUCAAGUCAAAUAACAGCUUCGAUUAUUUAAACUGAACGGGAAAAGAAACUGAAAUAGUCAAAUAUUAGAGGUAUUCCACUCCCGUCUGAAAUUUUUAAGAAUUUUUACAUUAUUGAACGAUGAACAAAGUCGUAGCAAAUCUAUUUCCAGCAACGAGAUUGAAAUAUUUGGAAUACUCGGUUCGUCCUUAUACUUUUGACUCGUUUCUAAAGUUAAAUCCAAGUAAACCUUUGAAAUCCACCCU